AAACUACAUGAAGCCACGGCCGGCACUCUGCAGCCCCUCCUGGUUUCCGGAGGCAGAGAAAUAGUCACAAACUCACCAUUUGGCGCCCUCUCCUACCAAAGGCUGUCCACACGCCACCUCAAGAAUCUACGCCUUGGUGCCGGUGCUAACCGCACCGAAGAGUCUACCAUCACCCUACCCGAUCUUACAGAUGUACUGGCAGGAAAGGAAGAUGUGCUCGUUCAGGUCGCAACAACGUCCACCAACCUUUUCCAAUUUGCCAAUUCGCGCGAAACUGAGGUGCCGCGUCAAUCAGAGACCCUGGGCUUAUCCAUAUAUUCCGGUAGUCAUCGACUCCCAGUCUCGGAGUUGCAAAUGGACGGCAGCACUGUUUACCAACCACUGGUGAUGCUGUCCUACGUCAUUGAGGCGACAGAAGUCAGCUUUCAUUUACAAUUCAAGCCCAAGAAGGUCGCGGGCACCGCGCUGGCUGAUCCCUGCCCCCAGUACCUCGUCUUUGCCAGGUUGAUAAGUCCCACUAUUCGAAAUAGGCUAAAGUCCACCGCUGCCUCAGCUCAUCUGCCUUGGGAGACCCUAGACGCGAGAACGCAAGAAGCCUACGAACGCAACUACACCUUCUUUCUGAGUAAUGUUCAGUUUACGGAGAGCAAGCUGGAGGCUGUAAAGAUCUCUGAGGGCCGAAUGUUCACUGCUCGCCAGUUGAACACCUUCUACGUGGGCUAUCGCCAGCUGAGGAACGAUGAAAAAAACCGCUAUUCCAGCCAGAACCCACCCCCUCGGCCCUAUCCCUACCAGGAUCAGAUCAACGUCACCGUGCAAAUACGAUCCUUCCUGUCCUCCUGCGCACACCUCGCCGACGGCAGUGCCGAUUGGGCCACAUCUGGCUGCAAUGUUUCUGUGGAGAGCACUGUUCGCUCAGUGGUGUGUGAGUGCAACCACCUCACAACCUUUUCCUCCAGCGUUUCACCAAGCUUGGCAGGCCGAAUAACGGACGAAAAGCAGCAGCAACAACUUUAG